AUGGAGUUUGACAGGCGGCAGAAGUUUUGUUUGAAGCUGUCGGAGUUGAAGCUAAGCAGCUACGUUAUUGGCAGAUGUUCAGCUUCUCUUGCUGAAAGAACUUUAUGCACUGAAAAGACCUCAGGUAAAUCCAAGAUGGCCGCCAAACGGAAAGGUGGCCUAAAACUGAACGCUAUCUGUGCAAAGCUGAGCAGGCAGGUGGUCUACGACGAUGUCUCCCAGCCUGGAGAGGGGGACCUGAGCGUACAGGAGAACAGCGAGCGGGAUGGCUCGCACCACGAAGACCUCGAUAGGUCCGAGGCUGAGUUUCCAGACGGGCUAAACGAUAUCCAAAGCUUCGAGGAGGACAAGCGGCGGAGGGAGGCCAUUGAGAAAUGGGUAAAUGGGGAUUAUUCGGACGAGCCCCCCAUGGAGCACAGGGAGGUGAGGGUAAGGAAAGCCAUCGCUGGCGAGGAGCACCCCCCCGAAGGGGUAUACAUGGUACAGCCCAAGGGCUGCAGCGAUGAGGAGGACAAUGCAGAGGACCUGGAGGAGGUUCAGGGGUCACAGGAUGGCAGUUACCACGAUGACAGGGAUUCCGAGGAGGCUGCCCUGAAGGAGGACAGCUACAAUUCUUCUAGCGAGACUCCCGCUAGGCAGGUCCCCUUUGCUUCCCCAGGGGAAGCCUCUGCUCUCCGUGACUAUGCAGCAAGCACCAUGAACGAGUUCCUGGGCAUGUUCGGUUACGAUGACCAGCAGGUGAGGGAUGAACUGGCCAGGAAGAUAAGCUUCGAAAAACUGAAAGCUGCUACCUCAGAGUCCUCCCCCCUUUCGAGCGACGAGGUCACCCGGCGUGCUCGCUUCUCCAAGUACGAGGAGUACAUCCGCAAGCUGAAGGCCGGAGAGACUCUACCCUGGCCGGUGCACGCCCCCAAACCCGAGGACUUGAACUCCAGACUGGCACAGGAAAAGGGGGCUGUACACCAGCCGGCUGGGCGGCUGCAGAGCCCCGAGGGACAGAUUCUCCCGUCGGACCCCAAGGGCGUCACCCUGUCUGUACCUCCUACUAGCUCCUCCCAAAUCCAGAACCUGGCUUCCCGGGCUUCAAAGUAUGACUUCUUCAUCCAGAAGCUGAAAACGGGUGAGAGCUUGCGGCCUCAGAAUGGCAACACCUACAAGAGGCCCUCCAAGUAUGACCUGGAUAACGUCAAGUAUCUGCACCUGUUCAAGCCUGGGGAGGGCAGCCAGGACAUGGGGGGAGCCAUUGCCUUCAAAACUGGAAAAGUGGGAAGGCCUUCCAAGUACGACAUCCGCAACAUCCAGAAGCUGAUGCCGGUGAAGACGGAGCCAGCUCUUGUCCUGCCUCCGCUCUCGGGAACGGCAGGGGCACUGGGAACGGCUGCUACUGCAGCCUCGGCCACCGCUGCUGCUGCUGUAGGGGAUCAGUCUCCACACCUCGGCUUCAACACCCCUGAGCACAUGAAAUCCAGCUUCUCUAAGACUGACUCCAUCACCACUGGAACCGUGUCUACAGUCAGCAUGCACCUUGUGGGCAAAAGAUGUGUAGCAGCGGAACCCAGUACACCCAGUCAGAUCGGACAGGCUAUUCAUCACAACAUGAAUGGAUUGCCAGCAGAGAAAACAGUCAUUGAAGAUGUCAAUCUGUACCAGAAAUAUAUUGCCAGGUUUUCUGGCAGCCAGCAUUGCGGACACCUGCACUGUGCUUACCAGUAUAGAGAGCACUACCACUGUCUGGACCCUGAGUGCAACUACCAGAGAUUCACCAGUAAGCAGGACGUCAUCCGGCAUUACAACAUGCACAAGAAGCGGGACAACUCCCUGCAGCACGGGUUCAUGCGCUUCAGCCCGCUGGACGACUGCAGCGUGUACUACCACAGCUGUCACCUGAACGGCAAGAGCACGCACUACCACUGCAUGCAGGUGGGCUGCAAUAAAGUGUACACCAGUACUUCAGACGUGAUGACUCACGAAAACUUCCACAAAAAGAACGCCCAGCUUAUCAACGAUGGCUUCCAGAGGUUCCGGGCCACUGAGGACUGUGGGACAGUGGAGUGUCAGUUCUACGGGCAGAAAACCACACACUUUCACUGCAGACGUCCGGGCUGUACCUUCACUUUCAAAAACAAAUGCGACAUCGAGAAGCACAAGAGCUACCACAUCAAGGACGACGCGUACGCCAAGGACGGCUUCAAGAAGUUCUACAAGUAUGAGGAGUGCAAGUAUGAGGGCUGCGUCUACAGCAAGGCCACCAACCACUUCCACUGCAUCAGGGCAGGCUGCGGCUUCACCUUCACCUCCACUAGCCAGAUGACCUCCCACAAGCGCAAGCACGAGAGGCGCCACAUCCGCUCCUCAGGCGUGCUGGGCCUGUCCUCCUCCUUCCUGCUGCCCAAGGAAGAGCCUGACGAGUCCAGCAACGAUGACCUCAUGGACUUCUCUGCCAUCAGCAGCAAGAACUCCAGCCUGAGUGCCUCGCCCACCACUCAACAGUCGUCCUCCAUGCCCCACAUGCUUCCGACACCCACCACCGCCAUCUCCUCCAGCCAGACGGUCAAGCCCACCACCAGCCUCCCACUGGCUGGCAAGAUGUCCAGCCUCCUCGCCCAGGCCCUCCCCAGCAGCAUGCCCGUGGCGCUGGCUCUCUCCGGCUCCAACCCCUUCUUCCCCAUCAUCCCCAGGCUUCCGCUGCAGCUCCCUGUCUCCGCUGCCAGCUUGAUCUCAGCAGCCUCUUCCAAUGCUGCUUCGGCGCCCACGGAGUCCCUCCCCCAGAGUGGAUCAGCCUCCGAGGAUCCAGCUGCUGCUGUCACCUCCUCGUCACAUGCAGUGUCCUCCAUCAUGGAGAAGAUCUCGGCCAGCAAGGGCUUGAUAUCCCCCAUGAUGGCAAGACUGGCAGCUGCUGCCCUCAAGCCUUCUGGGAACCCAGAAACAGGGAUUGGCCAGCAAGCUCUGCCAGGGCGGUUUAAUCUGGUUCAAGUGAAGCAAGAGCCCUUGGAUGGCCCCACUGUGGCUUCUCAGGAUUCCAUGCAGGAACAGAGUUUGGAUCUCAGCAAGAAGGACCACAGUAAUGAAUCAAACGGACACCCUGCACUGGCAAAUACAUCUCUUUUAUCCUCGCUUAUGAAUAAGUUUUAUCUGUUGCAGAUGUCGCAGGCGAAUGCAGGAUUCUUUAACGCAAUGAACGUUAAGGCGGAGGCGGAGAGCAGCCAGAUGGGAGAUGGCUCGGAAAUGGCCCAGUACCUAAGCAGAGUGAUGAAGACCCCGGUCCAGGACAAGCCAGUCGAGUUCUGGAGGACCUACCUGAGGAGGUUUGACACUGAGGAUUACUGUGAGACACGGUGUGACUUUCUACAUAAAGUUCAUUUCCACUGUUUGGUGGAGGACUGUGGGGCCCUGUUCAGCACCCUGGAUGGAGCGGUCAAGCACGCCAACUUCCAUUUCAGAGCCACGUUGAAAGUGAAGUCAGAGCACUCUCAGAACCCUUCCUCAGAGGCAGGGCUCCCCCAGCCGCCCGCCCCUGUCUCCAUAUCCUCCACUCCCAGCCUAGAUCUGCCCACCAUGAGCCCCGUGGGCAGCUUCACCUCUGCCCCUUCACUCCUCGCCUGGAAGCAGCUCCCAGCCUCUGUACCCAGCCUGGCUGCCUCCUCGCCCCUGGCAACCACCUCCCUAGAGAACUCCAAGCCACAGGUCAAGCCAGGAUUCCUCCAGUUCCAGGACAAUGAUCCUUGCCUUGCGACAGACUGCAAAUACUCCAACAAGUUCCACUUCCACUGUCUCUUUGGGAACUGCAAGUACGUGUGCAAGACGUCCGGCAAGGCCGAGUCCCACUGCCUGGACCACAUCAACCCCAGCAACAACCUGGUGAAUGUGCGAGACCAGUUCGCAUACUACUCCCUGCAGUGUCUCUGUCCCAACCAGCACUGUGAGUUCCGAAUGCGAGGGCACUACCACUGUUUGCGGCCCUCCUGCUGUUUCGUCACCAACAUCACCACCAAGCUGCCCUGGCAUGUAAAGAAGCACGAGAAGGCAGAGCGCAGAGCGGCCAAUGGCUUCAAGUACUUCACCAAGCGCGAGGAGUGUGGCAGACCAGGCUGUAAAUACAACCAGGUGAACAGCCAUUUCCACUGUAUCAGAGACGGGUGCUUGUUCUCCUUCCUGCUCAAACACCAGAUGACCUCUCACUCCCGGAAGCACAUGAGAAGAAUGCUGGGCAAGAACUUCGACAGAGUCCCAUCCCAGAUGGCGUCACAUUCUCAAAGGCAGGAGGAAAUGCACCACAUGGCAAACAUGUCGUCCGGGUCAGUGGGCCAAUCUGGCCUGGCCCCGAGUUUCAUGGACGAAACAGACGACUACAUGGACUACAUGGGGGGCGGGAGCCCGCUGGGGAUCUCGUCCGAGUCCUCAAACCCAGACCGCAGCUGCAGCAGCACUCCGGUGGGCAACGAGAGCUCCUCAGCAGGCUGCCUGGUCACCUAUCCUGCUGCUGUGUAUGCCACGCCCCCUUCCACUGACGCUACAGCCACCCACAGUGCACUGCAACCUCCGCCGCCUUCUCAGUCACUGCUCCAAACUCCACCUCCAUCUUUCCCACAAGCCCUGCUCAGGCCUCCUCUUCCUUCCCUUCCAUUCCUCCUCUCUCCAUCCUGUGUCUCAUACUCUCUGCUCAGCGCCACUCUGGGAGCCGCACGGAGCGUUGUCAUGCCAACCAGUACGCCAGGUUUCAGUCCAAUCAUUGCCUCUCCGUCUCCAGUUAAAAGUGAUGUCCCAGUAGUACAAGAUGCUGCAGGCAACACCAUUUCCAUGCCUACAGCAUCUGGGGCAAAAAAGCGCUUCUGGAUCAUCGAGGACAUGUCGCCGUUUGGCAAGAGGCGCAAGACGGCCUCGUCGCGGAAGAUGCUGGACGAGGGCAUGAUGCUGGAGGGCUUCCGUCGUUACGACCUGUAUGAAGACUGCAAGGACCCGGGCUGCCAGUUCUCCCUGAAGGUGACCCACUACCACUGCACUCGGGAGAACUGCGGCUACAAGUUCUGCGGGCGCACGCACAUGUACAAGCACGCACAGCAUCAUGACCGCGUCGACAACCUGGUCCUGGACGACUUCAAGAGGUUCAAGUCCUCCCUCAGCUGCAACUUCCCUGACUGCCAGUUCUCCGGCAACAGCACCCACUUUCACUGCCUGCGCUGCGGUUUCCGCUGCACCGACAGCACCAAGGUGACGGCUCACCGCAAGCACCACGGGAAGCAGGACGUGAUCAGCGCCGCCGGCUUCUGCCAGUUCAGCUCCAGCGCAGACUGCGAGGUGGCCGAGUGCAAGUACAAGCUCAAGUGCUCACACUUCCACUGCACCUACCUCGGGUGCAAGCACACUGUGGUGGGCAUGUCCCAGAUGGACUCCCACAAGCGCAAGCAUGAGAAGCAAGAGCGGGGCGAGCUGCCCUCCAUCUCCCCGAGCCGAGAUGGUCCUGUGGCAGGAGGAGCAGUUAUCCCCCCGGACUCUCCCAAAGAGGAAGGCUCCCUCGGUAUCACUCCCUACUUCCCCCCUGCCGCCAUCUCCUCUGACUAUGACCCGCAGGUGUCCUCGAUCAGCCUGGACAGCUCCCUCAACCUGGGCAUCGACACCAGCAGCUCCCUGUUCUUCCUGAAGAAUGCCGCAGGCAUUGGCCUCAAUGACUCCCUAGACCUCAGCAAGAAGUCCCACCACGGUGCUCUUGAGGUGGCCACUUCCACCCCCAACACCAUCAACAUGCAGGCACCUCAAGAUGAGAACACAGCGACUUCAGGGGACGUGGAGGACGAGCUGUCCCCCGAAGAGGAGGAUGAUGAUGAUGAUGAAGAGGAAGAGGAGGAUGACGAUUUGAACACAGACUCUUAUGAAGACUCCAUGCCCGAGCCCGAGAGCUUGGCUGGUGGAAAAGACAAUGGAGAGAGUUUCGAUGCUUCCACAAACUACACAGAUGCUUCCGGUCUGGCUGAUAACAACAUAGCAGCUGAUCCCUAAACAUUUAGAUAAAAUAAAAACAAGAAGUCGAUAUGUAAAUCCGUAUGAAAUGAACAAAAAAAACAGUAAGUGGCUUCAGUUAACAUGUAAAAGGACAAAACACAAACUAUUUACGACGGCCCAAAUUCAUUAUUAUAAUUAUGUUUACAAGACAACCAACGUUAUUGAUUUUUAAUAUGCAGAAGAAGAAAAACAAAAUGGAACCCGUCUUCACACAAGGGCUGGGCGGAGUGUUACGCAUUUGCUACACAUCAGUCGUCCUUUGCGUGUGUGCAUGUCUGUUUUUUAUUUAUUGUUUUGUUUGUAAUUUUUUUUUCCCCCCAGUGUGUGAAAAAAACAAUAGGAGGUUGGGGUGUGUGUGUGUGUGUGUGUGUGGAGGUUAACAUACUGUACUGUUCCAAGGCAUUUAUAGCAGACUUUUAGGAGACUGCUGAACCCUUAUUAUCACUGAAAGGGAAAUCAAUAUACAAUUAAUAUAUAUAUAUAUAUAUAUAUAUAUAUAUAUAUAUAUAUAUAUUAUAUAUAUAUAUAUAUAUAUAUAUAAAAUGAUGCGUUAGGAUAAUUUAUUUAAUGAACAUGAAUGCAUUAUUACAGGAGAGCAGGCAUGUCUGAUUAAACCAUGGGCUGCAUCCUUCCAUUGACCCCUGCCUACUUUAUAUUCUGUUUUCCCUGUAUGCUAAUGUGACCCCAGUCUGAUAAGGUACACUCACAGACAGUAGCAUUUCUGAGACUAGUCUACCCUUAAGAAUACUGUUCUUCCUAUUAGCUAGUGCAAUGGUUGAAUGCACAACAGUUAAUUCCCUUUAAAAGAAAGGCAAUAGUAAGGCUGCUGUGCUGAACCCGUGGUCUAGUAAAAGCCUAGAGGGUUCCACAGAUACUGUUGGGAUGAGGGGCCAGCAAGCUCCCUCACUGUAGGAUAAUCCAAUCCACAAACUACAUGUGGCUGGUGCCUCUCGUCACAUGAGGACAGAAAAUACAUUUUGUACAACCAAUCAAUAAUAUUCGCAAGGGCAUCACCUAUUGACUUUUGCAGCAGUACCAAAUUGCAUUACAAAACAGCAAGAGAAAGCAUAGCUCAAGUUGAAAUGUCUGCAAAGAGAUGCUGGAUGGUCUUAAAGGUAUAGUCUGUGGAAGGAGUAAAACAGAACAAGACGUGACUGACUUGCCGGCCUUCACGCCUCCUAUUAUGUUAAGAAUUUUGCCAGAUCCAUGCUACUGACCUGAAACGUAACGUGUGUGUGUGUAGAUAAUCAGCAAUCCAAGCAAAUACAUGUUGAACAGAAAUACCGAUUACAAUUGUAACAUCUUGCUAAGUGGGAAGCUCUAGAAUCAAAAUAAUAAUAGGGUUGUGCUGGCUGUGCUUUACCCAAUACAAGAACUCACAAGACAUAAAGACGGGUGAUGUUCUAUUGGAGUGCAAUUCAAAUGGAAUCCCAUGCUGCAGUUGUGAUAACAGCAUUGUCCUUUUUUGCAAAUUGUUAGUGUGGAUUUGUGUGAAGGUCUGCACGUUGUAUCUGUAAAGAAACGGCACAUUGAACUCUUCAGUUCUGAAUCACUGAAAAGAAGUCUGGGGAGGAAAAAAAAAGGGGUAAUAUGUACAGAAAAAUAAAACAUUGUAUUUUUAUUUUUGUUUUGCAAAAACCACAAUGGUUGAACUCAAAAUGUAAUGGUUUUAUUUAAUAUUUAUGUUACAUUGCAUUGAGAAUAAGGGUUUUUUUUGCACUUUUUUAAGGGUCCUUUUAAUGUUUUUAAACACAAUAUUAUGAAAAAUACAGCAAUUUGUUUUUAAUAGGGAAAAAUGGGUUCAACUUUUAAUUCACUUUACUACAAACCACCGAUCUGGGUCGACAGGCAAGUGUUCUGCUUUAUUUAAUAUAAGGACAUGUUUUACUGUGUUAAUGGAUGGAUAUAACAGAAGGGAAACACUAAUAAAAGGAUUGUAAUUUAAGCAAAUGAAAUUGUUCUGAAAAUACGAACACUUCUAUCAAAAGAAAAUCCUGCUUUUGUGGCCGAGGCCGUCUUUUGGUUUAUAAUGUAUGACUGUAUAUUUUAAACUGUAGAAGGACUGUGCGUAUUUCAUUGUAUAAAGCUGAUGAGCACUAGUGUCAAUAUAAAA